AUGCAGAUAAGGCCGGCCCCAUUGGAUGGUGGCGCUGCAGGGCUGAAGUUCAGAUCUCAGCUCAAUGACCACGCCCUAAACCGUGGACCCUUUUCUCCCCUUGUGUCGCCUAGUUCCAUGUCCAGCGGCGUCGAAGUCCCCGGAAGCCAACGACGUCCCGGCAUCUGGUCCUACUUUAGUUUCUCUGGCCCACGCCGCCGCGUCUCCGUCUCCCUGCCACGCAGCUUCGACCCCAACCGCGCCGACGCCAGCGACCCAAACGCAAAAGCCGACAGACACUCGCGACAUCGGUCCACGUAUUCGGACGCAUUCAUGAACGACCACAAGGGCAGCGCCGUCAUGAACCAAGGGCAGCGGUUGCGCUACCUGAAGACAGGUGGCGUCAUCGCAUUCAUACUGCUUGUCCUGUAUUUCGUCGCACCGCGAGAUGGCAUAUCCAGACCGGCUGCAUCGCAUCCAUCAGGCGGCAACACAGCAGCUGGCGAUGCACAGGCACAAUGCACAAAGUCCUACUCCAAGGACAAGCCGCUCAUUCAAUAUGCUCUCAUGGUCGACGCCGGCAGCACGGGCUCGCGCAUCCACGUCUACAAGUUCAACAACUGCGGCCCGAGCCCCGAACUCGAGAGCGAGAACUUCGAGAUGACACCCAAGCGAGAGGGAGGCUCUGGUCUCUCGGCAUACGGCGAUAACCCAGAGGCUGCCGCCAAGAGUCUGGACGUGCUCAUGGACGUUGCGCUCAAGAACGUGCCCAAGGAAUACCAGUCAUGCACACCCAUCGCUGUAAAGGCUACAGCUGGCCUCCGCAAGCUUGGCGAGGAGAAGAGCAACGCCAUCCUGGCUGCCGUGCGCAAGCAUCUCGACAACGACUACCCCUUCCCGCUCGUCUCCGAGGAGAGGAAAGGUGUAGAGGUCAUGCCUGGCGAGAUGGAGGGUGUAUACGCAUGGAUCACCGUCAACUACCUCCUAGGCAAGAUUGGCGGCCCCGACAAGAACCCCACCGCUGCUGUCCUCGACCUUGGUGGUGGCUCCACGCAAAUCAUCUUCGAGCCUACCUUCCCCGAUACUCCUCGCGGCGGCCUCCCUACCAAGCUAGCAGAGGGAGACCACAAGUACACGCUCCACUUCGGUAACCGCGACUUCGAUCUCUACCAGCACUCGUACCUUGGCUACGGCCUCAUGGAAGCCCGCAACAACCUGCACAGCACCGUUCUCGCCGGCCUCCACGAGACGAACAAGGACAACAGGGAAUACCUCAAGAAGCCCAUUGUGAACCCUUGCAUCGCACCCGGCAUGACCCGCGAAGUCGAAGUACAGAUGCCCAAGGGCCACGCACUAGGCGACUCCAUCACAGUCAACAUGACCGGCCCCUCUACCGCCUCUCCCACCCAAUGUCGUGGUCUAGCCGAGAAGACACUCCACAAAGACGACGAGUGCGCCAUCGCCCCUUGCGCUUUCCGCGGUGUCCAUCAACCUCCUUUCGAGCAGACGUUUGCUACCGAAGCCGUAUACCUCCUCUCCUACUUCUACGACCGCACACAGGACCUCGGUAUGCCCGAGUCGUUUACACUCCGUGAGCUGCAGGACUUGGCCGACAAGGUGUGCACGGGCGAGAAGGGCUGGGAUUCCUUCAGCGCUGUGCCGAAAGCGCUUGAGGAGUUGAAGGGCCGGCCUGAGUGGUGCUUGGAUCUCAACUUCCAGUACGAGCUGCUGAGGAGUGGGUACGGUAUGCCGAUUGAUCGCGAGGUCAAGAUUGCGAAGAAGAUCAAGGGUAAUGAGCUGGGCUGGUGUUUGGGUGCUAGUCUUCCGCUGCUUGAGGCGAACUCGGGCUGGCAAUGCAAGAUUAAGCAGGUGCAAUAG